GGACACGUAUUGUGUUGCCGAUAAUAAAGAUGGCGACCGGACCCGCGUAAAUUGGAGAUCUCACAGAGGUUACCUGCAGCUCCAGUGCUGCUUGGACCGCUCAGUGUACUACUAACCAGGAAUAGUUGCAGCAAUCAAAUACCAAUUUAGGUCAUUAUCCUGCCUUCAUGUUGUCAGUGACAUCCUGUGACAAGUAAACGUGUUUUUAAAGGAGGAACCAUGGCUUUUGAGGAGAUCAAGAGUAAAGGAGGAAUGGAUGUGGGGAUGGAAGGGGAGAGGGGCCUUGUAGCUGGCCGUAGCCAGAGAGAGAAGAGGAGGUCAUACAAGGAUCUGCUAAGGGAGGAGGAAGAGAUUGCUGCUCAGGUCCGAAAGUCCUCCAAGAAACGCCCCAAGGAUUCAGAACUUUUCAUGCUGGGAGGGGACUCACACAAAAAGAAAAAGAAACAUAGUGAUGACUACUAUUACAGAGACCACGAUGGUUCAGGCCCUCCUCCACACAAGAAAAAGCACAAAUCUGCAGACCGCUCCCCACCCCUGUCCUCCCCUUCAUCCUCCCAUCCGACAGAUACAGCAAUGGGCCUUCUGCAGGCUAUCACCUCUCCCCUGGCCACAGGUUCGGACCCCAGCCCCCACUUACACAAGAAACCCUCCUACCCCUCCUUCUCCACACACUCCUCCAAGGACCGUAAACGUGAGAGCAGCAGCGGCGGUGGAAGCAAAGGGGGCCCCUCCUUCUCUCACUCCCGCCCCGUGUCUUCCUCAUCAUCCUCAUCCAAGAAGCACUCCUCCUCUUCCUCAAAGUCGUCUCUGUUUCACGGCGGAGCUCCCAAAGAGGAGCCUCUGACAUUACGUGAGGCAGAUGGACUGAAGAUGAAGCUCAUCAUGUCACCAGAGAAAGAGGAAGGAGAGAGCUUCCCAUUCACACCACACUCAUCCAAAGGAAGUACGAAGAAAGAGAAGGAUAGAGACAGAAUGCAGCUCUCAAAGUUACCCAAGAAGAAGCUACAGCAGAGUCGAGAGCCACUUCCUGUAGUGGGGAAAGAGGUGGAGGUGGAAGGUCAUUAUGGAGGUGGCAUGGGAGAUGAUAGUUCUUCAUCUGGGGGUGAACUGGAGGCAGGAGAGCUAGUUAUAGAUGAUUCAUACACACACCUGUCAAAAAAGAAGAAGAAGAGCAAGAAAAGCAAGAAGAAAAAGGACAAGGAGAAAGACAGAGACAAGGAUAAAAGUGGGAAAGACAAGAAGCACAGCAAAGGAUUUGGAGGUGAGAAAAAAGACUCCUCAAGGGGCCACAGCCACUCCCAUCCCACUGUCACACACAGUGCUGUUGGUCCUAUGUAUGCCAUGGGCACACCCAUCCCUCCACACCAUCACCAAGGCAGUGAUGGAAUGACAGAGAAGAAGAAGAAGAAAGAGGAGAAAGAUCGGGAAAAGCAUGAGAAAGAUAAAGAUAAGCCCAAGAAGAAGAACACAACAGCAUAUCAGGUGUUUUGUAAGGAGUAUAGGGUCAACAUAAAUGCAGAACAGCCUGGACUAGUGUUUGGUGAGCUAAGCAAAAAGUUGGCAGAGGUGUGGAAGGCGAUGCCAGAAAAAGACAAACUAGUCUGGAGGCAGAAAGCUCAAUAUCUGCAGCACAAACAGAACAAAGCUGAGGCCACAACAAUCAAACACAAGAACUCCAGUGAGACCAAAAGCAAAGUUGUAGGAACAGGAACAGGGAUGGUGUCGCCGAACAGAGCUCCCAGCACUGUGUCCCUGUCGCCUGCUCGAGUUCCCGAUGUUGAUCCCAUUGAUGCAGCAGCUCACCUGCAGCUACUAGGAGAGUCCCUGUCCCUGAUUGGGCAUCGACUACAAGAAACAGAGGGGAUGGUUGCUGUGUCCGGGAGUCUGUCUGUACUUCUGGACUCCAUCUUGUGUGCACUGGGGCCACUGACCUGUCUUACAGCACAGAUACCACAGUUAAACGGAUGUCCACGAAACGUCCUGUCAAAUACAUUGGACAACAUCGCUUACAUCAUGCCUGGACUGUGAGUAAAGGAUGAUAAUCAGUCUGGAGUGGUUUGUCAUCAUAAGUCAGCAGAUUUGACUGGAAUGGGUCCAGUGCAGGAGUGACCCUUGGACUUUAAUUUAAGCCACUGCCUGGCAUCUGAAGACUUGGAUAUUUCUAGUGUCAACGUGUUUUUAAAGUGUAUUUUUUUAAAGAAAACCUCAUUCUCUUUCAUUUUCUAAUUGUCAUAUUUUUUAAAUGAAACAUUUUACUGAACACGCUAAUCUUUCUUGGCAUGUCAGCUUAGUUUUACUGUUACUGUAUAGUGUGCUGUUGUAUGAAUGAGUAUGUCUGUAUGGAUUCUACUGAAUGUGCGUGCAUUUGUUUCGCUGUAAAGUGGGUUUGACUGUCAGUUUGACUGUUGAGUGUCCUGUACAUGUCUGCAUAUUGGAUUUUUUACUGAAAUGUACAGGAACAUUUAAGUCAUUCUCAUCAUCAACAUAACGUAAUAUAUUUGACACCUGCUUAUUUUUUGUUUUACCAUGUAAAAGUACUGUCAUGCCUUACUGUUUUAUAGAUUUGAUAUUUUACUGUGCAUACAGCAUUUAGAUUUUACUGUACUGUAGAAUUUCAGAAGUGAUAGAAAACAUCCUUAGGUGCAACCUUGUUGUAAUCAAGAGCUGUUCAAGCUAAUUCACUGUCAGAGCUUCAAAUUUAACAAACUGGCAACAUUAAAAUAUGAUCUGUUCGGCUUUA